UUGGGGAGCCCAUAGGCUCUCUCUCUCUACCGAUUCGAUCUUUCAGGCAUAGAUAGCCAUUGGCGCGCUCUCCUUCUUCUCAGAAAGGAAGACCACCGAACGCUCCGCGCGCUUCACUCGCUUCCUCCCCUCACGUGGCCGAUCGCUUCCCCAAAAUGCAGUCAUCUGCCUUCUCUUGACCUAGAGAGAGAGAGAGAGAGAGAGAGAGAGAGAGAGAGUUGUUUGCAGCCGAUCUUGAUAGUUUUGUUCUGCGGUCGGUCGGGAAAUGGGGAUCCCGGGCCUCCUCCCGCUGCUGAAAUCAACUAUGGUACCUACCCACAUCAAGGAGUUUGCCGGCCAGUUCGUCGCUGUGGAUACCUAUUCGUGGCUCCACAAGGGGGCUCUGUCCUGCAGCAUGGAACUCUGCAAGGGUCACAAGACUUACAGGCAUAUUGAUUACUGCAUGCAUAGAGUUAAUCUAUUGCGGCACAAUGGUGUUAAACCUAUUCUUGUAUUUGAUGGUGGACUUCUUCCAAUGAAGGCUGAGCAGGAGUCCAAGCGAUUAAAGUCAAGGAAGGAAAACCUUGAGCGUGCCAUCCAGCACGAGUCCUCUGGCAAUCUAAAUGCAGCUUUUGAAUGCUACCAGAAAGCUGUUGAUAUUUCACCUUCAAUUGCAGUUGAACUAAUCCAGGUGCUAAGGCAAGAAAAGGUUGAGUACAUUGUUGCUCCAUAUGAAGCUGAUGCACAAAUGGCAUUCUUGUCUAUUAAUGAACGAGUUGAGGCUAUCAUCACAGAGGAUUCAGACUUAAUUCCAUUUGGCUGCACCAAAAUUAUCUUCAAGAUGGACAAGUAUGGUGAUGGUCUCCUUUUUCAGCAUGAGAAACUUCAACAGAAUAGGGAAUUGAACUUUAUUGGAUUCACAAAGCAAAUGCUUCUUGAGAUGUGUAUUUUAAGUGGGUGUGAUUAUCUCCAGUCGCUGCCUGGUAUGGGUCCAAAAAGAGCCCAUGCAAUGGUUCAAAGGCUUAAAUGCCACAAAAAGAUUAUUAAGCAUUUGAGGUACAACGGUAUGUCGGUUCCACCUUCCUAUGAAGAAGACUUCAAAAAGGCAAUUUGGACAUUUCGACAUCAACGUGUCUACGACCCUUCCACUGAAGACAUAGUGCAUUUAUCUGAACCACCUGCUGAACUUGAUCUUGACCUGGAAUUUUUAGGACCAAUAAUGCCCCAGAACAUAGCCAAGGGGAUAGCAAGAGGCGAACUUGAUCCAUUCACUAAAGUGCCAUUUCAGGGGGAAAUGAGACAGGGCCUUGACAAAUAUAUAGUUAAAGCAUUUCAACCUCAACUAAAGAAACAAAUGGUUUUGCCUGUGCAGAAAAAUGUUAUGACGAACUAUUUCUGUUUAGCAUCAGUUGAAGCAAAAAGGAAAUUCAAGGCCCCUCGGAUUAGAUGUAAGCAGAAUGAGGAGCUAGAAGAAUCUUCUCAAAACACUGAUGAUCAUCUGUCUAAUACUUCUGACCUAACUAGACAGCAAACAAGCGGUACUAAUUGUAUCUUCAAGCAGCCUUUAGUUGAACUGAAAAGCAUCAAAUCAAGAGGACAUUUCAACCAUUCUGCAUUUACAUCAAGGAUAGAAGACAUUAUUGGUGCAAAAGAUGAAAUUUUGGAUCUUGCUGGAACCGGGAAAACAAAGGAGGUGAAGUCUAAAUUUGGUGCCCCAGUUACUCCAGAUUCUAAUAUGUCAACACAACAGUUUCUCACUUCAAAAUGUGCUCCACCUUCAACAAUUGAAGAGUCACAUGUGCAUAAGAGUGUAUCAGAUGAAUUUGCCAUUAAGGAAAAACAAUUAAAGAGGAAGGUCAUCACGAGAAGUCCUUAUUUCACUGCCGAUUUAUCAGAUGAAAAUUGUGGCGUUUUGAACACAGGGCAUAACAUAGAUGAAGAAUGUGCCGAGAAGAUGAUAAAGCCUAACCCUGCACAUAAAAUUCGGAAAAGCUUGGCCAGGGCCACGUGCAGGCAAACAGAUCAUUCUCUGAACACAGCAAGUGAUCAAGUCAGCAACCAUUUAGUGCAGCAAAUUUCAUGUAACAAGAGCCUGCCAUGUGAUAUUUCACAUUUGGAAGAAUAUUCCUACAUAGCAGAAAAAUCAAUGGAAAGAUUUCUUUCAAUUAUGUCUUCAUUCAAAGGGAAGGCAUCAGGCUGUCGUGCCAGUGGCCUUCGUCCACCCCUUAAAGAUGUGAAAAAUGCUUGUCAAAUUAUGAAAAAUGUCGGGUCUCAGGAUUUCAGCAAGUUCAUGUACGUUCCAAAGCACCAAAAACCUUUUCGGAAUGGCUUAGAAAAAAUGAUGUUACAGUGACAUAUAUGCUGACUUCACAGCCUCUCAGAUUCUUUUUGGUUGCUGCACGCAGCCUAGAGCAUACAACCUAAAGUAUGACUACGAAGUCCUAACCUAUGGGGUUGGAGAGCAGAUCUGCUAAUUCUGUAACUCCAUUUUGUUGAGGGUUCCUGGCCAGCGGUCACAAUUUUAGUUUUUUCUCUUGAUGAAUUGUAUCUCUUAUUUUUGUAUACGCUUGACGAGACGUUGAGGGCCAUGCCUCAGCAACCUUGGGUGACUAAAAAAGUCAUCAUUGUAUGUAUGUUCCAUUUUUUCAGUCCUGAUCUGCUGUGCAUUUAAGAAACAAUGUAAAGAUAUCUUAAACUGGUCUAUCUGCCAUACCUGUCAAAAUUUUAUGUCAAGAAAAGAAACGAAUUUUAUUUGCCAUAAUGAUUACCCAAGAGUAGGUUUCCUA